AUGUCGGUCUCAGAAUCACCUCGACCUCUGAAGAGAGACCACGACAGCUUCGAAAGCAGCUUCGGUCUUGAAGAGCCGUAUCCAGUACCUCCAGAAUACCUUGCAAAACUCGACUCCGAGGACCAGAAAGCGCAACCUGUACAGCAGCCGACCUUCUCCCUCCCCAUGCCUCCGGCACCCAUCAACACCUCGAAACGAGAUCCGAGUCCAUCGCGAAGCAAUUCAGGCUCUGUACUGAGCGAUGUAGGACCCGUCACACCAUCUUACGCAUCGACGCCGCCCGCCCCAAACAAUACAGCGUCCCCCUCUGCUUUCGCAGCCCUAGAUGGCUCCGCUCCUCCUCCGGCCAAGAAAGCCAAACUUACAUUCGCAGAGAAAGAGGUGAGGCGGAUCCAGAAAGAAUUCAAAGACCAAGAAAGAGCGGCCGAGAAGGCGAAGCGGGAAGCAGAUAGACAAUCACAAGCGGAAGAAAAAGCCCGCAAGGACGCGGAAAAGGAGGCUGAGAGGAAGAAGAAGGAGGCGGAACGAGAAGAGAAGAAAGCUGCGCAGGAAGCGGAAAAGGCAGCGAAGGAGGAGAAGCGUAGGAAGAAGGAAGAAGAUAAGCUCAGGGCUGAGGAGGAGAAGCGGAAGAAGGAACGUAGUCAGAGGACGCUGGGUAGUUUCUUUAAUAUUCCUGCUGCUCCCACGAAGUCUCGCAGUGGAAGUGUGGGAAGUCGUGAGAGGAGCUCUAUGAGUCCUGCGCCCCAAAACUCGAAUCCAAGUCUUGGUGCCCCGAGUCCUGCACCUAAUAAAUCGAAAAAGACGACAUACGACAAGCUAUUUCCGGAGUUCUUUAUUCAUCAUGAUGUUAAGGUGGCGGCAAUCAAUAGGUUUGAAAGGGAUGAGGAGGCUACGGAGACGAUUAUACAGACUAUUGAUAGCUAUCUACUUGGGAACAAGAGUCCGGUUGGACGAUCUUUUGAUGCUACUGAGCUAUUCCACUUACUCGGCACCGAUUCUCUUCGAGGCAAACGAUGCAUUCCGGUGAGGGAAAUUAUGACCGAGCUUUCUGGAAAAGCCGAAAGACCUAUCGAUUUGACGACAAAUUCUCAGAAUUCUCAGAUCAAGAAGAAGCAUGAUCUCCUGAAGCAGGUACCCAUGAAGUUCUUGUGCUUCAAGGAGGAUGUCAGACCGCCAUAUCGAGGUACAUACACCAAACGACCUGUGAAUGGCAUUCCGAGGUUGGCGAGGAAUCCUUUGAGAAAAGAGCUGCCCAACACAGAUUAUGAUUACGACAGCGAAGCAGAAUGGGUUGAAGAUGAAGAUGCAGAGGAUUGCAACAGUGAUGGCGAAGAGGAAGAAGACGCCGAGGACGGAGAGGAUAUGGAAGGUUUCUUGGACGAUGAACACGACGAGAUGCAUCACUCGAAACGCAUGGUUAUUCAGGGAGAUCUGGAACCUGUUUCCACUGGCUUGUGUUGGGAGAAUGGUAGGAAGAAGAAUACGAGUGAUAAGAUGUUUCCUUAUCGAAUGGAAAUCAUUAUUGAUCCAAAACUAAAAUCCAUCGACCCUCUCUCAACAACCUACUGGUCCCCUCACCCCACCUCAAAUCCCGCCAUGGACCCACCCCGCAUCCCGCUCACAACCCUAAAAACCUCCAACUCCCUACCCUUCUCCUCAUCUAACAAACCCGUCAAACCCCUCUCCUUCCUCCCUCAACCCAGCACUCAACCCAAAGACAGCAACAACAAAUCAAAGAAACUUCUCCCUCCAGAAGACAUACCCAGAUUCAAAGCCGCAGUCGAGGGCCAAAAUCUGUCGAAAGUGGGUCUGAUCGAGGUCCUCAAGAAGCAGUUUCCCAAUGCGACGGGCGCCGCUGUGAAGGGCACGCUGGAGAGUGUUGCGAGGAGGGUUGGCGCGAAGGAGGUGGAUAAGAGAUGGGUUAUCGUUGAGGGCAUGUGA